UUAAAUGCAGCAAUUUAAUUUGCGUGUUUUUAAGAGUAACUUCUGUUUUAAGUAAUUUCUAUCGUAGUUUCAUUCGCAAAAUGUUGUGUUUGUGGGCAAAAAUGCUAAGCCAAGGGUUUAAUAAUUAUACUAGAGUAUAUUUAGCAGGAAAUACUCCAGUGGCUGAUAUUAUGAGAUUUUUUCAGGCUAUAAAACGCUGGAGCUAUUUUUCAGUCCUCUUUCAACCAAAGCCACGGAAUCUUGAAGAGCAAUUAUACGUACUUGUUACUUACGACUUAUGCAUAUGGGGAGCUGUGCAAAUGCAGGCUGCAUGGUUACAUUUAACAGUUUGAUAUUCUGAUAAUGUUUUUUAUCUAAGGGCUCAUUUAAAUAUGUAUUCGUAUUUUAUAGCCUCACCGCAGAGCGAAUAACAUGGCAGCGCAAAUGACAAAGGAAGCAGUCUCGCGGUGCAGCAUCUCUUAAUUAGCUCCUUGAUCUAAAAGUUAUAGAGUUCUAUGCAGCCAUAGUCUUGAAUAUAUACUACUUUACAGCAAGCAUUGCAAAAUUUCUCUGCAAAUAAGCGACUGUUGCGUAGAAUUAAAAAUUUUUAAUCAUAAUCACAGUUAGUUAACUCAAAUCAACCAAACUUUUUUCCAGAAAUGCCAAACGAAGUGUACACGGAUUACUUCUUCGGUGAUGUUAACUGGGAGUUGGGUGACACCGCCUGCAAGCUUUCAUUUUUCUUGCCAGAAGUGUAUUACUUAUUUGUAUUUUAGAUUUGUCAAGCAGAGAGAGAGUUUAUUUGGUUGGUUUAGGGCAACGAACGCGUCCGUGCUGACGAUUCUUGCCUUCUCUGUGGAGCGCUACCUUGCCAUUUGUCACCCUCUCCGCUCGAAGGCCAUGUCAAACUUGCGAAGGGCAGUGCGUAUUAUAGCAGCGAUUUGGCUUGCCUCGCUCGUCUGCGCCAUUCCCUACACACUUGGCUCUGAAUUGGUCGCUUUAAAUAUCAGCCAGCCCUAUUUUGCAUGCAGAUACGAAUCCGACGAUGCAUUUCUCGUGAGUCACUACUUCGUGGGAAUAGCAAGCAGCAUUUGUUUCUUUGCUAUCCCCUUCACGGUGUUAGUUGUACUCUACUCGCGCAUUACAAUAGUCCUUCGCAACCGCGGAAACAUUGGAGAGUGUCGCACCUUGAACCCCAACACCAAGUCCGUCAUCUGGAUGUUAGCCGCCGUGGUUUUCUCCUUUUUCCUGUGCUGGGCACCAUUCCACUUGCAUCGCAUCAUCUACUUCAAUUUUCAAAUUGAUGGCGAUUUGAAAACUAUAGAAAAGGAUCUAUACUCCACCAGCGGCUUUACCUUUUACCUUUCAUCCACCAUUAAUCCGAUUCUGUACAACCUUAUGUCAGCCAAAUAUCGCAACGCCUUCAAGGCAACUCUUUGCAAUCAGAAAAAUUGAGUGCUCCACUAAGAUGAAAAUUCUUUUAAAUAUUAUAAAAAAUUUGAAACCGUUUAACAACUGCCAUGACUCUCAAUCUCAAGACCGCCAUAAUUUCUUCUAUUUUAU